CCCCCGUGCGCGGAGCUGCUCGCCCAGCCGCUGCGGCGACCAGCUCUGGACGUUGUCGGGCUGCCUGGCUGCGCUUCGCCAUGUGGCUGUUGGCCGCUUGGGUGCUGCUCAGCGCUGUGGGCCACGGUUCUGCCCGGUUGUACUUUCAUACGAUAAGUUUUGUUGAAAGAACUGCCUGUAAUAAAACUGUCAUUUUACCUUGCUAUGUGUCUAAUCUGCAGCUGUUCAGCGUGAAAUACAUAUUUGUUACAUGGAAAAAAGAAGGAAACAGAAUUUUUGCUUUUGAUGGAUCAAAAAAUGAGUUUUUCAGACAUUCAGCGUAUCAAUCAGCUAGCUUACUGUCUGACGAGGAAUUAGCCAAGGGCAUUGCCUCUCUAAAGCUUAAGGGUACAGAAGCAGGUGUUGGAAAUUACAGUUGUGAAGUAACAGAAUCAAACAGAGAAGGAGAAACGACAGUUGAACUUAGAAGCCGCCCAGUUGAGUUUUGCGAGGACGAUUGUACCCCAGCACCAGAGGAAAUAGAGGAGAUAUGUGGAUCAUGGUUUCUUCUAAUGGAAAGGGCCAUCAUCAUAGCAUUGCUGUUCUUAGUUAAUGUUUUGUGUUUGGCUCAGUUAAGUGUUAUUGUAUUAAAAUAUGAUACUGUAACUCAGAAGAAAAUCGUCAUCAUUCUAGCAAGUAUCAUCGUCACUGUUGCUGCUGUUGUAGGCACUGUUCUUUUUGUCCAAGAGGGCUAUUCUGUGCAGAAUCAGACGGGUCUUGGCCUUGUUGUAGUCCCUGCUGUGUUUUUGGUACUGGUUCAGUACUUCAUGUUUGGAAUUGUUUUUGAUAGUCCACCACAAGCAACAUUUGCUCUGAUAGGUUUGCAAAUUCUUGGUUAUAUGAUUGCCGUGGUUGGUUUUGCACUGUGUGUUUCAGCUUGUCCUCCUUUACAUGGGUCUGUUGUGAUUGCUGGCUUAGCCAUUAUGGCUAUUGCAACUUUGCUUAGUCUGGCUUACGUGUUUAUUAUGGGUUCCAGAAUGAAAGAUCAUCCUCGUCCAGGGAAAGCUGUAGAAGAACCACUAAAUGAACUGAAGAGCAAUGUGAUGUGUAAAAAGUACAUCGUUGUUCAUACACCGUGGCCUUGAAGAUGCACUACUCGGCGAGAAGAAAUUCAGGAAACUAGUUGUUUUUGCAUGUGUGGCAAAAGUGCUUUUGAUAUAAAUGAUGUAGUUUUAUAGUCACAGCAGCUGUAGAGAGGAACACGUGUGUUUGCCCACAUGCGGUCUUUAUUUUGUUCUUCUAUUCUGGUAUAUAUGAGAUUGUUGAGAGUGAGACUAUGAAAAGCACUGUUUGCCCACUACAAGGUCUCCCUGCAGUAAUCCUUAGUGGUGUUAUUUUCAAAAACUAUCAUUAGUCACUGCUUCGAAAAUGGGCCUGCACAGCCCAAAGAUUGCAAUACCAUUUAGACUAUUGUUUUCUUUAUUUGUGUGCAUGGGCAAGGUAUGGUCAUAUGUCUAUGAUACAAGCAGGAAGUAGAGAUUGUGCAAAUACAUCUUUUUCUGACAUUCAGCAAAACUUUUAUACAAAAAAAAUAAAUAAAAUGCUUAUACACAAACUUGUGUAAGUACAAAGUUUACUCCCAGCUCACCUUGUUAACUGAGUUCUCCUAACUCCACGAAACAGUAGUAUUCCUCUCUAUGGACAGUAGUCACGUGUGCUCUGGCGGCCAGUAUUUCAGUCCACCGAGAGAGAUCUCCGUGCCUCUUCCAUAUUCCUUGAUGAGAAACUGCCCAGCUGUUAGAGCCCAGUUCAGCACUGGAAUUACAGAGCACAGCAGCUAGCAAUUUUCACGCUGAAUGUGGUUCUUGUGUGUGUUCAUAUUGUGCAGUGUGUGGUACUGGAAGCAAUUUCAGGCUUUCUUAAUUCGGUGAAUUUGUAAAAGUCAUGGAUGCUUCAUAAAAAUAGGAGUUGUCCUUUUUAGUGUAUUUUGAACAGAGUUUUAAAAUGUGUUUUCUUGAAAAUUUCUCACCCAAAUUUGUGAUGCUGCCGUUACGUCACAAAUCCAUAAAAUAGAAAGUUAGGAGGAGGAGCUGAUGAGAAGUGAGGAGGCUCAGUUUCUGUAUAUAUGUAAGUGGUACAGUUAAAAAUCUGUUUUCUAGGACUUGCACAUUCCAUGAGGUUUUUACCACAUUUUAAAACUGUUUGGAAAGUUGUUCCAAUAUAGUUGGCUUCUCUUGGACUUUAUGUAUACUUUGUAGAAAUCUUGACACUGUCUCCUGCUCGUACUAAGGUAAUGUAUUUCCAAGGCACACAUGUUUCUUUCCUUCUAACAAUUUAAAACUUUGUUUGGAAAGCUGUUGUAAUAAAAUCUGUGCUUUUAAAGAUUCUGAGUAAUUUGGCACAUCUCGGAGUGAAUGUCACAAACUAAGUUUCCUCUCUGUGGUAUGGGUGUGUGUUGCAGAGAUUCGGGUCUUUUCACUUUGAGCUCUGAGUCUCAGUGCAGACACUUUGUAUUGAGAAUUGAACAAAAUGAAAUUAAGGUACCUGAUUUUACAGCAUUUACUCUCACAAACAGUCCUCUCACUGGGCCCACAGGACUAAACUGCUCAAAGCAACCCAUGGUCCAGUGGAACUGGCCGCAGUUAAGAGGGUUUUUCAUGUACUAAAAAUGUUGAAGAAGCACGUAUAGUUUACGGUUACUUCAGUUUUGUCAGUGGAACUAUUCAUUACAAGAUUUGGGCUCAUAUAUACAUAUGAGUCUUUUGAGAUGGCUUUUUGAUAGAUAGGAGAUCAAUCUCUAUUCACAAUUCAACGUAAGAAUUUACCCAGUUAAGUACCGUGCAGAGCUCCCGAUUUCUAGCUAGUGAUGCUCUCUGGCAAUUUGAGAGUUGAGCAGUUGAGGAAUAUGAAACAAACCAACUGGAAUUCUCUCGAGGUAUUCUGCCUUAUAAAAACCGUGAUGUAUGACAGCUUCAUGUUAACUCGUUAGGCAAACUGCACUAGAGCCCCAUUUGUGUGGCUGUGGGAUGAGGCCGAGCUGUUCCUGGGCAUCGCCUAAACUCGAGGAGCUCGGUGGCUGUGUACAGGCCUCGCCAUCAGUCGCCUCAGAAAUGGGAGAAACCCACCCUCCUGUUGUUGCUCUGGGUUUCUCGUAGGUAAGAAUUUAAAAGCAAGAGUUUUAAAAAGUCACUGAUUAACACCCAGCCCUUUCCCACCAGUAAUUGAAAACCAAAGUUGUUCAUAAUUGUAUGCUUCCAUUUGUGUGUGUAUGUAUGUGUGUGUGUAUAUAUAUAGACAUUUUAAAUAUCUAUAGAUCUAUAGUCUUUACCUAAGAAAAUGUUUUUAUUUAUGAGACAUGAAAUGAUUUUGUAAAUAUUGUGCUAAUAUACUUAAAUAAAGUAAUUUUAAGUUGUUUUUGUGA